GAAAUGGCAACCGACGGCAGUUGGCCUAUACUGCUUCUGUUGCUCACAGCACUGGCCAUCAUUCAGGCAGAGAACCUGAGUGAGUCCACGCCAAGCACUGAGGAGGAUUAUAAUGGCAGCACUAGUCCGAGUCCGCCGCUGGAAGAGACCACCAAUCGCUUGACAGCCCAGGUGGAACCCUUCAACAAGGUCGAUGGUGGUCAGGAGCAGUACGAUGUGAUCGAUGUGAUGGCCUCCACGGGCACGGUGGCGGGCAAGCAGAAGAGUGGCCAGACCACUAGGAUCUACACCACCGGCGACGUGGACGAUAGGUUCUGGCUGAAGCACCUCGGCGAGGACUUCAAGCAUGCCAUCCAUCUGCAGGUGGGCGGCACCAACGAGGAAUACAACCGCCUGAUCAACCAGACCAACCAGAAUGGUGUCCACGAGGAGGUGCAUCACGAGUACUUGCCGGGUGCUGAGAGACCUGGCAGUGGAGCUCCUCCACCGCAUCCUCUUCCUCCUGCUCGCCAAUCCCGACCAGCUUAUCGCCAGGGUUUCGACAACCGAGCCAUGGCCAUGAAGCAGCAGUAUCUCAUCAACCAGCAGACCCAGCAGUCACAUCCUUCCCAGCAGCGAUACAAUUAUGCCCACCAGCACACACAACACUAUGCACAACCUGCGGCACAACAACACACCCAUCAAUACCCACAACAAACACCACACAGAAACACCUACACAAAGCCACAGAGCUACAAGCCCCAGAGCUACAUCAUCAACUCUAGCGAGGACCAGCUGCACGCCGCCCAAUCGAACACGGCGCCAGUGCGAUCUGGUGGAGGAGAUCCACCCAAAUACGAGGAGGAGGUGGACUCCUUUGGCUCCCAGCUCAACUUCAAGUCGCCCUUCAACGACUACGGCAGUCGACCCACGCGAGAUCUCACCUAUCUACUCUUCAAACGGGGUCUCUGAAAUGGGAAUGCCACUUUGCUAAACAUAAGACUUGCGGUCCCCAGUCCAUUGAGUUCUAUAAAUGGGGCUGAGCCACACCCACCCACAGCACACACUCCACACACACACACACAACACAAACCACACAAACACUGAGAUUAAGGGAAUUACUACAACUAAUAAACAGAAAAAAUAAAUCAAAA